AUGUCGUCGUUUGGUACAUUAUUCAGAGUCACCACUUAUGGAGAGUCCCACUGCAAGUCGGUCGGGUGCAUUGUUGACGGCUGCCCACCCGGCUUGAAACUCAGCGCCGAUGACAUCCAACCACAAUUGACAAGAAGACGUCCAGGACAAAGUAAAUUAUCCACACCUAGAAACGAGGCAGACACAGUUGAAAUCCAAAGUGGAACUGAAAACGGCGUCACUUUGGGAAGCCCUAUUGGUAUGAUGGUGCGCAACAAAGACCACCGCCCGGGAGACUAUAGUGAAACCGACUUGUAUCCUCGUCCUAGCCAUGCCGACUACACUUACAUCCAGAAGUAUGGAUUGAAAUCAGGCUCGGGCGGUGGCAGAUCUUCUGCCAGAGAGACUAUUGGAAGAGUUGCCGCCGGUGCCAUUGCCGAAAAAAUCUUGGCCCAGGUAAACAAUGUUGAAAUCGUGGCGUUUGUUUCGUCCAUUGGAGAAGUCUCCAUGAACCGCAAUCCUCAAGAUUUGACUUUCCAAAAGAUCCUCGAUACCAUCACCAGAGACGAAGUCGACGAAACCGGGCCCAUUCGAUGUCCCGAUGCAGGCGUGCGAGACGAAAUGGUGAAACUCAUUGAAAAAUACCGCGACGCCAAGGACUCCAUCGGCGGAGUUGUCACUUGCGUCAUUCGUAACUGUCCCAUUGGCUUGGGCGAGCCCUGCUUUGACAAGUUGGAAGCGAAAUUGGCCCAUGCAAUGUUGAGCUUGCCGGCAACAAAGGGGUUUGAAUUUGGGUCCGGGUUUUUGGGAACUGCCAUCCCAGGCUCACAGCACAAUGACCGCUUUGUUUACGAUGAAGAACGCCAGAGAUUGAAGACCAAGACUAACAACUCCGGCGGCGUUCAAGGCGGGAUCUCCAACGGCGAAAACAUUUACUUUUCCGUGGCGUUCAAAUCUGCAGCUACAAUCAGCCAAGAGCAAGAAACCGCCACUUACGACGGCAAAGCCGGCGUGUUGGCCGCAAGAGGAAGACACGACCCCAGUGUCACUCCCAGAGCUGUCCCCAUUGUCGAGGCUAUGGCUGCCAUAGUAUUGUGUGAUCUAUUCCUUAUCCAACAAGCUAGAAACGCAACUAGAUCCUUGUUAGAGAAAAACGACAAGUAA